UGGGGGCGCUAGCGUACAGGUACAGUAACUGCCCCAUAUACUGUACAAAGUGACAAUCAGGUAACCAGGGCACAGGGGGUUGCAGGCAUAACUGCAUGUGGGUAGCAUAUGCAAGUUUGGGGGCACUGAGUUUAUCUGGGCAGUUCGAGGACCCCGUUUUCUUUUCUUAUUGGGUUCAGUUCUUUGUGCUUGGAGAGCAAGUUCCAAGCUUAAGGCAUAAGCUGGACUUACAGCACACAGGUACAAGGUACAUGUGAAUUACACAAAAAAGGUGUACUAGACAGGUAACAUUUCAUAUGGGCCAAAUUUACAGGUAAAGCUUAAGUCCAGGUUACAGAACUGAAUGAAAGUGCAUAAAACAGCGAAGGUAAGUUACCCAGAGAUAUUUAAGCUGUGAAGUAGGCGAGUGUCAGUGCUUCAAGCUGUCACAAGCACAUGAUCCUCCUGUACACCACAACAGGGUGAAAUAUCCUCUUGCUAAUCACAGCUAUGAAAAACAUCACUAAGUAUGAAACCAAGCAGCAGGAGCAACUCAAUCCUCUGCCCUUACACAGACCAAUCUGCAACGUGGAGAUCCACUGUGGUGGGAAGGGAGAAGAGUGUUAAUUACAUCAGAGGAACACAGAGGAUAUACAAGCUAUCAGGACCAUCAGUGCUCAACAUUCAACAGCUUUACGAGAUCAUCCUUCCACUAGAUAUAUCUCCAGGCUUUCCGGUUGUUAUGGAGACCUUGUGUCGGACGAGAGAGCUGGAACGUGAAGCAGACCAGGUGAUUGAGGUGGAAGUCGAGGAAGAAGAGGAAGAUGAGGAAGAGAUAGCGGAUGAUGAUGAUGGCGUACCAGAAGAUACAGAGGAAGUGAAAUCAAAGGACGAAGAGUCGAGUGAAUGUCCGAAAAAGACCAAAGCCUGGGAACCCAGUGUCUACACUGCCCUUUCUAGGGAGCAGUACUAUUUUGCCGGCCAUGACAUCGACAUCCGCGAGGCCCUCGACUCUUACGGCGCCAUCAUCUGGCCAGGGGCAAUAGCUUUAUGCCAGUAUCUAGAAAUGAAUCCUCAGGCAAUCAAUCUGAUGGACAAGUCAGUGCUGGAAAUUGGAGCUGGAACAGGCCUUCUGUCUAUUGUGGCCUGUCUGCUGGGGGCAUGGGUGACUGCCACAGACAUGCCAGACAUCCUGGGGAACCUGACCUGCAACCUGAGGCGGAACACCAGGGGGCGCUGCAGGUACACUCCUCAAGUGGCAGCUCUGUGCUGGGAACAGGACCUGGAGAGCACCUACCCCCGCUCUGUGCACCAGUACAACUACGUGCUGGCAGCCGACGUGGUCUACCACCACGACUUCCUGGACGAGCUGCUGGUCACCAUGCGACACUUCUGCCAGCCCGGUACCACCCUCAUAUGGUCCAACAAGGUGCGCUUCCAGUCCGACCUGCGUUUCACCGAAAACUUCAAGAGCGCCUUUCACACCACGCUACUGGCCGAGCUGCCCGACCAAGAGAUCAAAAUCUUCAUGGCCACCAGCCGGGAGUAGAGUAUGGCCUGCUGGAGGGCAUUCAUUCAGUCCAUCAUGAGCUGAAUCUAAAAGAACGUAUCAUUCCUCUGGAUUAGCACAACAUUCGGUCUCGUCCUUUUUGGUCACACCUUCGAACAAAACCGUAUUCGCAAUCAUAGUCUGGACAGAAGACAAUCAUCAAAGCAUUUUAAUGAACAAAGGAAAUUAUGAAUUAUGUUAAUGAAGAGCAAUGGCUAACCGUUACACACGUUUUACAUUUGUUGUGCUGUUUACAUUUGUUUUCUUGAAGACUUGAUUUGACACUUGUUUUGAUAACUUGCAUGCACUUUAUAAAAGUAAAUAAAUGUGGCUUGUUGUACAUUUUGUGUGUGCAUGUGGUUUUAUUAGUACAAUUAAUACAUGACAUUAAAUAUCAAACCUG